AUGGAAGUGUUCUCUAGACUACUCAAAUCUAGAUAUGAUUCUGGCUACAUCAGGUACCACCCCAAUGCCGAACUGAUAGACAUCUCUCACCUGAUAUUUGCGGACGAUGUGAUGGUCUUUUACGAUGGCAGUAGCUCCUCACUUCAUGGUAUCUCAGAAACUCUUGAUGACUUUGCUAGUUGGUCUGGUCUUGAAAUAAACCAGAGCAAGUCGGAGCUCUUCACUGCGGGGUUAGAUCAGCAGGAAGCAAAUACUACUAUGAGAUAUGGUUUUCCUAUGGGCUCCCUCCCAAUCCGCUAUUUAGGACUUCCAUUAAAGCACAGAAAGCUGAAAGUGUCGGAAUAUUCGUUGCUUCUUGAUAAAAUCUCGGGAUCCUUCAAUGCUUGGUCAGCAAGAAACCUCUCUUUUGCAGGAAGACUGGUUCUUAUCAAGUCGGUUAUCUCUGGCAUUGUUGUCUUUUGGAUAACAACAUUCAUCCUUCCUAAAGGUUGUAUUAAAAAGGUAGAGUCUCUCUGCUCCAAAUAUCUCUGGUCUGGUCAGAUUGAGGGCCAGGCUUUCGCCAAAGUAUCAUGGGCAACUUGUUGUCUUCCCAAAAGAGAGGGUGGACUGGGUCUGCGUCGUUUCGAGACCUGGAACAAAACUCUAUGCCUCCGACUUAUCUGGCUUCUGUUUGCGGAGGGGGGUUCUUUGUGGGUGGCUUGGCACAAGCACCAUCAUCUUAGUCGCUCAAACUUUUGGUCUUUGGAUGAACAUGCUCAAGACUCCUGGCACUGGAAGUCUCUGUUGAAACUAAGACCCCUUGCUCGUCCUUUUAUCAUCUGCACCAUACGAAAUGGAGCCACCGCCAGUUUCUUGUUCGAUCAGUGGACUCCGUUAGGACCGUUAAUAGACACCAUUGGAGUAAAUGGACCUCGCGCUUUGAGAGUUCCUCUACAUGCUACUGUCUCAGAAGCAACCCGAGAUGGACUAUGGCUUCUGCCAGCUCCUAGAUCGGACGUGGUGGUUUUACUACACGCUUACCUGACCACAAUGAAUGUUCCUUCUCAUGACCAAGGAUCGGAUCUCUAUUCUUGGACAAUAGAAGGACUGAAACUUCAACAUUUCUCCUCCUCCAAAACUUGGAGUGUAAUAAGAGAAAGGCAACCUGCCCGUCCAUGGUUUCAGGCGGUUUGGUUUAAAGGGCACACUCCUAAGCAUGCCUUCAACAUAUGGGUCGCAGUUCAGGACAGAUUACCAACUCGUACCAGACUAGCGUCUUGGGGAAUGCUAAUUCCAACCUCCUGCUGCUUAUGCUCGGUCUCAGAUGAAACAAGAGAUCAUCUCUUUGUAGACUUUACUUGGUUGGUCAUCCUCGGACUCCACAACCUCACCGCGAACUCUAAGAAGCAUCGCUGUCCAAGCCACCAUAUACCACACUUGGACUGA